UGCCACUGCGACAACACCCUUACCGUCAUGUCUACGCUCGCUGACGAGCUUCUGAAUGAUUUUGAAGACUCUGGCGACGAGAAUGAGGACCAGACGCUUCAAGAUCACGAAUCGGCCAACGGCCUGAAUGGCGUCCGUCAAGACGAGCAUGAAGACGGCAUGCCCGAGGAUGCUGCAAACGACGAAACCAUGGUGGAAGAUGACGAUGAGGAGGAGGAGAAAGAAUUUGUUCAAGCGAAUCUUUUAGAGGACGAGGAUGAGACAAAGGCCAAAGUCGAGAAGAUGCACUUGGGGUUGGUUCGCGACGUGCGAAGUGUCGCAGGGUUGAUGAAGACUCUUCAACCGGUACUUGAUAAAAUCUCCCAUUACCAGAACCUCCCUCCGAACCUGCGAACUACAACAGUCGGAUCAAUCGAAGACAAUCCCGAGUACCAUCUCCUGACGCAGUCGAACUCUCUAUCGACUCAGAUCGACAAUGAGAUCAUCCUUGUCCAUAAGUUUAUUCGCGAUCAUUAUUCUACUCGCUUCCCCGAACUCGAGACAUUGGUGCAGAAUCCUUUGGACUAUGCAAAGACGGUGGCCAUUAUUCGAAAUGGACCCCUUGAAAAUAUCAAAGCGUUGGCAGACUCUACCGACAAUCUAGUCAAAGCAACUCUGAGGUCUGUUCUCGAUGGGCCAACACUUAUGGUCGUGACCGUUGAAGGUACUACUACCAAGGGACAACCUUUAAGUGAUGCAGAGCUCGAGACAACGUUACGCGCAUGUCAGAUGGUCAUAGAGCUUGAUCGAGCGAAAAAGAUUCUGACAGAGUAUGUCCAAUCAAGGAUGAACAUUUUUGCGCCAAACUUGACGGCAAUCAUUGGCUCUCUCACCGCUGCCCAGCUGCUCAACUUUGCUGGAGGAAUAAAAGGCCUUGCAAAAGUCCCUGACCGGAACGUUCCUGCCAUGGGAUCAAGAAAGCAGAAGCAAAGCGGCCUGGCGACGAAUGUUGGAAUACGUCAACAGGGAUUUUUAUAUCAUUCGCCUCUGAUUCAAAGCAUUCCCAAUGAUCUGAAGAUUCAAGCCAUGCGCAUCGUCUCUGCGAAGCUCGUUCUUGCGGCUCGCGUGGACAGUGUGCAUCAAGCACCAGAUGGAUCCACAGGAGAGCAACUUCGCGAUGAUUGUCUGCGACGACUAGAUAAACUAACCGAACCACCACCCAAUAGAGGGCCCCGAGCUUUACCUGCUCCCGAUGACAAGCCUAGUAGGAAACGAGGUGGUAGAAGAGCACGCAAGGCGAAGGAAGCUACCGCCAUGACAGAAUUGCGAAAGCAACAGAACAGAAUGGCGUUUGGUAAGGAAGAAAAGGAGGUCGGCUAUGGCACCGGCGAGGAAACUGCAGGACUGGGCAUGAUCGGUCAAUCCAACGAUGGGCGUAUUCGUGCCACCCAGAUUGAUCGUCGAACAAUGGCCAAGCUCAGCAAGAAGAAUCCCGGUUGGGGUGCUUCUGGUACAUCGACCAGCUUAAACAGUGGCAUGAACACAUCGCUGAAAGGAUUUGGCAUGGGAGGAAACACGACUUCGCUUCGAGCGUCAGGUCUUCGCACGAGUGGAGUCGGAGGUACGGCCAGUUCUAUUGCCUUUACGCCAGUGCAAGGUCUUGAGUUGGUGGAUCCAAAAGUCCAAGCCGAGCUCAAGAGGAAAAGAGAGGCCGAGAGUGCAGGUUAUUUCUCGAGUGGAACAUUUACCCAAGCCAACGCUGGUAAGACCGAAGGAGGAUUCAAGGUUCCAUCGUUACCUCCUGCAAAGAGGUCAAAUAUGGGUCCUCCACCAGCUCCAGGAAGGUGAACAGCGCCGCAACAGUACUAGAAGUUAUUGCACUAUGGACAUGGUCACUGAUUGUGUAGCAAAUACUGUGUGGUUGGCUGCUUGAGCCGCAUUGCUUUGUCCACGAGCGACUACCAAUUGCACUCUAUAUUGCCAUCACAGAGAGCUAAAUGCUACAAAGAUUGUGAUCAACUAUGAUGUCGACUUGAUGCUCCUGGACAUAUUGAACGGAACCCAUCUGCAAUCUUGAAAUUCCGAUCAUAACGAAUGGAAAGAUUGCAGCCGAUAUGAUUGCCAUGCGAUCGAUAUUCAUGAACUAGCCUUCGAAAUGCGAGACAAGGAACCAUUUCAUCUACAUUCGGGCUUCGUUGCCCUCAUGUGCCCAGUGGAUUAGCAGGAGAGAAGCGAUCGAAGAAUAUCGGCACUGGGUCUGUGACAAUGACCAGCCAAGACACUUUUGCGAAAAUGAAAGGCAGAGCCUAUCUGGAACCAUAGGAGCUAGGGAGCGUCUUCAGCCACCGCGGUGCACGUGUGCUGGGCCGUUACAAACCUCUUAUCAACCAGUCUCUCCAUGACAAUGCCUACAUGAGUUGCAUUGUUUGCAGCAUACGUACCCACCUCCCCCAAGGUGUUUGAGAGCCGCCCUGCAUGCACGAUGGGAACCGAAUUGCUUCUGUCGUGUCAACGAGGUACGACGUUCAGGCAUCAAGUGUAGGGGAGAAGUCCGAACUUUGGUAGACACCAUACUCCCUGAACUGCACUGGACAUCAUAUAUGCUUUGCUAUAACGUAUAGAUGAGCAGAAAGAUCAAGAAGAUCACUUUUCUCCUUUUCUACAGAAGAAAUUUCUACGAGGGAAAAAGAAAAAUGAGACCUUGAACUCGGUAGUAUAGUGUCACGCCGAGACAUCUUAUGGUGGUGUCUCGAGGAAUAAAU